CCACUCCUUUAGUCUCUCUCCCUGACUGCUUCGCUUAAGAAUAAUAUAACCUGCAAUUCAGCAAACGCAGUAUAGUAAUGGUGCUUGAUAAAACGUAGUAUUAUCGAACUUAAACUUAGCUUUGGUUCAUCAAAUAUUCAGCGCAAUGCUCGAUUCAGAUGAUGAGAAUUAUGUUAUAUUCGGAACGCCUCUAGAUCCUUUGGAUGAAGAUAAUUUCCCAAGAAAAAAACCUAUGACAAUAGAGGAUCAAUAUGCAUGCGAUGAACAAGGAAGAAGGAGGUUUCAUGGGGCAUUUACUGGUGGAUUCUCUGCUGGAUAUUUUAAUACCGUGGGAACACGUGACGGCUGGAGACCACAACAAUUUAAAUCAUCUCGAAGCAGCAAAGCUGAGAGCAAAGCUCAAAGACCCCAAGAUUUUAUGGAUGACGAAGACAUGGGGCAAUUCGGAAUUGCGCCAACUGCUAUCCGGACAACUGACGACUACGCUGAUCAUGAGAAUAAAGGAACCAAAAGAGAAAGAACUAAAUUCUCUGGGGAUGGACCAAUUCCUGGAACUCCAGUGUUACAGGAGAUCCUGAAACCUGUUAAAGACACAGUUGGCGUUAAAUUGCUGAAGCAAAUGGGUUGGAAGCCCGGCCAGGGUGUUGGUCCUCGUUUGUCAGAGAAAGAGAAAACCAAGAUCAAACAGCGCAAUGACAAAACUAGGCUACACGGGUGCUCAUUACCUCCUACACAAGAACAGGCGAUGGAAACUGAUUCUGGUGGGUCGGAUGACGAAGAUAGUAACAUCACUUUUGCCCCUGAUGACUAUGAGCCAUUCAGAUGUAACCCGAAGGACAAUUUCUUUGGUAUUGGCUACACCGGACUUGAGAAACGAUCGAUACUGUCACAGCAUAUCAGUCUAUUUGAACCAUCUUCCUUUCAACUGCAAGAAAAAAAUAAGAAAUUGUCUAUACGUGGUCAAGCUUUUGGAGUUGGUGCAUUUGAAGUAGAAGAUGAGGACAUUUAUUCUAAAGAAGACAUGUCUCAGUACGAUUUCAGCUUGGAGCCAAAGAACCGGCAGAAAUCGAGAUGGACGCACGAAAAGCCUACGACGUCUCAAACUAAAUGUAUUGAGGGAUUUGUACCUGCAAAAAGUCGUUUUGAAGCUAGAAAAACGUUCAAGGUACCAGAGCCACCAAAAGACUUCAAACCUGUGCAUAUAAUUAGGAAAAGCAGAUUCGAACCGUCUAUUCAAUCAACAAGCCUGGAAAAUGCGAGGCGCAAAGGCCUUGGUCGACACGAUUUAAGGGCAGAGGAUAGGGCGAGAAUAAUCAAUGACCCAAAUCCCAUCGCGUUAGUUUUAUCCAGCAAAGUCGAAAGUGGGUCCGCAAACGAAAAAAACCUUUCAAACAGUUCCUUGCUUUCUUGCGGAGUUGACAAGCAACUAAUUCAACCUGUUUCAGAGUUCGCUCAGAAUGAGAAACGUUCCAAUCAAGAGCAAUCGCCAAGAAAACCCUCUGUAAUUUCAAACAUAAUUACAAAAACGUUGAACCUGCAUGGCAAGGAACAAGUGGCCCAAAAUCUUGAACGACCUGCGAACAACGUCGGAAUUAAUCACAGAGAUACAAAACUGGGCGAUGCAGUUUCAACCACAGCAAAGAAAAAUUCUUGGCUGGAGAUGUUGAAUGCCAAAAGUUUUGUCAAAGGUGGUACUGAAAAUUUGACUCUAAUUAAAGAACCGAAUAUAAAAUAUGGCAAGGAUGCUCAAGUCGAAAAACUCUUCAAGAACCUCAGAAAUGAAGCGGAGGACAAACAAACAUCAGCUGAUUCUAAGAGCUCGGUCUUCAAGCCAUUUGCUGCAGAUCUUGAUAAGCAGAAGCGUUACGAAAAGUUUUUAGAUUUUUUGAAAGAGGGAGAAAAGAACCGACUGACUGAUAUACAACCAUUGUCGAUGACCGAAUGGGAGAGAGACCAUGAAAGAGUGGAAUUUGAUCAAGCUGCGCGACUUUAUAAACCAUUGACAGGAAGCAUGAGCGAUAGAUUUGUGAGCGGAAAGCAUCAGGAUGGUUUAAAUCCAUUGGUCGCGGUGGACUUAGGCAAAGAUACCGACGUUCAGCUCAGAGAGAUGGCUGCAAAAAAGAUGUUUGGAAAAUUGACGAGGCAAAGAACUGAGUGGCGGCCUGCAAGCAUUCUUUGCAAAAGGUUCAACAUAGCUGAGCCUGCAACUGGUUGCGCCAAACCGGAAACGGAGAAAAAAAGCACGUUUUCCAUUUUCGACUAUCUGGAAGAAUCGUUGCACAAUAGUUCGACAUUUCAAAGCGUAAGUGACGUUGCUGGUAAGAUAAAAUCAGAGAAUCUCAGCAGCGGAUCUAAUUUAGAAGAUUCUAGAACAGGCUGUCUAGAAUCGUAUCAAUCUGUGAAAUCUAUGAACAAUUCCGCUAUGGUUGUGUGUGAUAAUAUGGACAAGAAUAAAACUUCGUCAAAGGAACGCAACUUCGAAGCUAAAUACGAGCGAAUUUUUGGCAGAAAUGUAAAUCGUUCUGCAGUAGUUGGCCAAGAUAACAGCAUCGAUCUUUCUUUGAAUGUGCAGAGUAUUGAGCAACCUGCGGUAUGUUUGCCGUGCGUUGAAUCAAACUCAGAUUUUGACCAAGACAGAAAUUUUGCAGGAUCAUCUAGUUCAUCUGAAAGAAUGGGUCAGGUUAUUAAUGUCGUAGAUAAAGAUACGGAGAAGAAGGAUCUUUUCAAGGCAAUUUUUGUAAGCAGCAGCGAGGAUUCAGAUUCCGAGAGAGAAGAAGAACCGGAUGACGAGAAGUUCAAGUCAGUUCUGAUCGGCAAGAAUCCUGGGGAGUUGAAUGUGCAGAGAAAUACGUCACCUCCUAGAGGAAUAUUCGCUAAUUUGGAUUUAGACAGCUUAAAUGAUGUGGGCGUGAAAAAUAAGAAGGUUAAUUUCAUUGAACAUAAAAGUUCAACUAUCGUUUGCAGAGGUGAGAUGUCUGGAGCUUCGUGUCUUAAUCAAAGCAGCAGUAACUCUGAUAAUACGACUACAGAAAAUAUGACGAACUGCGAAACUUCUGCUGAGGGGACAGCAGAGUUAAGUUCUAAAAUACUCCCAGAUAUGUAUGGCCCAGUUCUUCCGGCUAGGCCACGAAAAAAUUUGAAUGAUGUCCAGUCAGAUACAAACAGUCAAGUGCUGAUUCAAAAACAUAUAUUCAAAAGUGUUGUAGUUCCGGUAACAAAACCUGCGAUUGUUGAACAAGGUGAAUGGAUUGAAAAGAAGAAAAGUAAAAAAUCCAAAAAAGACAAAAAAAAACACAAGCACAAAGAACACAAAAAGCAUAAACAUAAAAAAAAUAAAUCGUAAUAUAUCAAUAACUUUGUGGAUAUUCAAAACUCAUGUGUUAUAUUUAUUUUUGUUAAAUAAACUGUGGCCUAGAGCACGUUGAGUGUUAUAGGUCCUCUAGUAUACUAUUAUAUCUCAAAAAGUUCUAGAAGGAUGUAUGCAGAAAAUGAUCUAUUCUUUGUCAGUUGAUGAUGACGUAUUUUUUUUGAAACAAUAAUCUUACGGAAAGCAAAUUUUUCACUAAAAUCGAGUUCUUGUUUCAUGGAAAACCAUAAAAAAGUAAAUUUUUUAAAUAUAUUUGACAAGGAAACCCAACAAUUUUCGGGAAUUUUUUGUAUAACGGAAAGUUGAAAUUUCUUGUAAUUUGCUGACUUUGAAAGUUUAUCUGGCAAUUGUUUCCUCAAGUAUACUUUUUAAAAAUAUUUGGCAUUAGCCGAAAAAAAAUUCCCUAGUUUUCUAUUCUGUGAAAAACGCGUAAAAAAUACCAAAAAUGAUCAAAACUGUUACUGCAGCCUAAUCUGUAGUUUGUUAAUAAAAAAAUUUGUGUCAAAGAA